ACGACGUCAGACAUUUCUUGACGACUCUAUAAUUAACUGUAAACUAUUUUUCAGGCUUUGGAACCAUGCAAAGGCAACAGGAGGGAGCGUACUGGCAUGAAGAGAAACAGGUUUGGGCAGGAAGUGUUUUCCUUGUUUCCUUAACGUACAUAUAAGCAACAAAGACAAGAAGCUGGAUAAAAGCUUUCUCAACAGUUUGUGCAGACAGAAAACAGGAAGAUUGGUUGCAAACAACAUGGCGGCGGCUUCGACUCUGUGGGUGCUGUUGAUGUGUACGGUCCUCUCUGGCCGAGGGCUGAAAGCUCAGGACUGCGGAGUCGCACCUCUAAACACGAAGAUUGUGGGCGGUGAUGGCGCGACUGCCGGGUCGUGGCCGUGGCAGGUCAGCAUCCACCGGAGGUCGAGCCACGUCUGUGGAGGGACGCUCAUCAACAGCCAGUGGGUUCUCACUGCGGCCCACUGCAUCUUGACGACCACAGUGAGUGAGUGGACCCUCUACUUUGGAAGACAGACCCAGGCUGGCCCCAAUAAUAACGAGGUUUCACGCCAGUUGAGCCAGAUCAUCGUCCAUCCAAACUACAACAACUCGCUCUUCAACAACGACCUCGCCUUGAUGAAACUCAGCAGCUCGGUCUCUUUCACCAACUUCAUCCGACCCAUCUGCCUCGCCAGCAACCUCAGCCAGUUCUUCAACGCCACUUCAUGCUGGAUCACUGGCUGGGGAAGACUGUUGAGCAAUGUGUCUUUGCCAUCGACCUCUAAUCUACAGGAAGUUGAGGUUCCUGUCAUUGGAAACAACGAGUGCGCCUGUAGCUACACAGCGACAGACGCAACCAUCACGGGCAAAAUGAUGUGCGCCGGGCAAGAGAACAAAGGAGCAUGUCAGGGAGACUCCGGUGGACCUCUGCAAUGCAAGCAGGGCUCCAGGUGGAUCCAGGCUGGAAUCACAAGCUAUGGGAUCCCUUGUGCCACUGCUGAUUUUCCUGAGGUUUACGCUCGAGUGUCGGAGUUUCAGGCGUGGAUCACAGACCAGAUCGCUGGCACCACAGCGGGCUUCGUGACAUUCAGCUCUAACGGCACUGACGCAGACACCAGCUUUACGUGUCGCAACUCAGGCGAUCUUUCCACUCAGUUCUCAUUUGCCGUCCUUGUGACUGUGAUGCUGCAUCCAUUCAUCACUAAAUGAAAGUCUUUUUUUUUUUUUUACAGUUUUGCUACACUUUAAAUAAUCUUACAAAAAUAAUAAUAUUUUAGAAUAAAUAAUGUUGGUCAGAGUUGACUUUGUAUAAAUAGUUUCAGUGCAUUUGUCAUAAUUUAGUGGUGCCAUAAAGACCCAAAAGUCUAAUU